AUGCCAGUAGCAUUUUCAAGUAGUAACGAAACCAUGGCCGGUGAGCUGAUGCUUGGAGACUUCUUUCCAGACUUCACUACUAACGAUUUUUGUUCCACACAGCCAAGCCAAUUAUGGAUGUCCGAAAUCUUUGAGACACUCGAUGAGCAACAUGUCAUGAACGAAGAUAUGCUGGCUGAAAAUUCGCCCGAUGGCAUGAAGACUAAAUUAGAGGCCCCACUUUCUGACAUUUUGAAUGGUGAAGACGACUUUUUUGUCGGAGACGAAGUAGAAAUAAGUGAAUCUACUCCGUUAGGAUCUAUUCUGCUCGAUGACACCGCCAAUUCUGAUGAAUCCAGUGGUUAUGCUUCGUGCGUGCAGUCCUCCAAAAGUGCCUCACCGAAUCCGCCUCGUCUGAAGACUAUUCCGUCACGUCAUUCUGCUGUUCGUGUAGUUUCACCUCCAAAUACAGUGUCGUUAACUAAUUCGCCGCGAAAAAUCCAUGUAACGCGCAUCGAUCCUCCCAAGUUUGGGACUCAUACAGUUCAAGCGGUUAUACACAAAACUCCUCCGAAGACUUUGGACGUAAAAGCGAAUCGUGUGCACUUCAUUUUACGACCAUUUUCUGCAGAGUCUUCGAGUGUAUCACUAUCAUCUGACGCAGUUAAUUCCCAGCAAAAAACAAGUACUCCUCAGAAAAUAUCUUACUUGAAUGAAGGUUCACGUGUUGCAAAUUCUGAAGAUAUUUAUGAAUUAAUGCAUAACACUAAACAAGAAGCACUUUAUGACCACAAUGAGGUUUUACAGUCAUCAACAUCUAUUGGUUCGCAUUCGAGUUCGGAAUCAGACAGCAGAGACAAUUUUGACGAUGAAAUGACAUGCCAAGAAUUCUAUCUAGACCAUGAAAACAUCACUACAAGUUCACCUAAGCUGCUAGCUAGUCAUUUAAAUUUCGAUCUUACAAGUCAUUCUGAAGAUAUAUCAUCUGCCAAAGGUCUUUCCAGAUUGUCUGAGAUUGAUUCAUUAAUAUACAGUGACAGUCCACUAAAUGAGUAUCGAAAGUCAAAUAAAGUUGCACAGCAGCACUUUUUUCACGAUCAGCUGCACUCACGUAUGCGUGGACCAACACGAAUUGGACGAUCUGAAAUCAAUCAUCCUCAUAUGCUUGUACUCACAGAAGAAGAAAAACGUACAUUAAUUGCUGAAGGUUAUUCAAUCCCAACACGCCUGCCUUUAUCUAAGCAAGAUGAAAGAAAUCUUAAAAAAGUUAGACGGAAAAUAAAAAAUAAAAUAAGUGCUCAAGAAAGUCGUCGCAAGAAAAAAGAAUAUCUAGAGGCUCUAGAAAGAAAAGUAAGUAUUUAUUCACAAGAAAAUAUAGACUUGAAACGCCGUGUUGAUGGGUUGGAAAGUACAAAUCGUUCUCUGUUGGGUCAACUCCGUCUUUUACAGCAACUUGUCAGCAAGUCGAAAUUGAAUAAUGCUUCAGGAUCGUCGAAUUCUACUGACUUACACAAAACAAGUCAUCAAAAUCGUCUGACUACCAACUCUAGUGGGAACAGUGAUUCUGUUCAUGGUAUUAAUCACAGUAACGGGUCGCCAUCUACUUGCUUAAUGGUGUUCGCCUUGUGUUUUGCUGCUCUUCUUAUUGGACAGCCUUCGGGAAACGAAAAUCAAAGCUCGUUGAAUUCAGGCCUAAGUUACACACUGAGUUCCCAGAAUUCCUUCAAUUCAUGGAUGUCUCAAGUCCCUCAACGACUAGUGUCCAGUUCAUUAUCUCAGCUUGGUUACGAUUUAUCAAAACAGUCCCGGUCAGCCAUAUACACACAUGAUCCACACAAUAAAAAUACUUUGAUGGAUGCUUACACUACUCAGUCAAUUAGUGAUCAUCUGCCUUCUGGAUAUUCGUCGCAUUCAAACAGUCAUCAUCAUUCUCAUCCCCCUCCUUUCACUCAAAAGCCACAAGUUCAACGCUCAAGACUUUUGGGUGAAGCUAGUGAAUUGGAAGAUUGUGCACCAGUUCAGUCAUUCUGGUCUUAUUUAUUCGGUAAUCCAACUUCAACCAGAAAUCAAGUUUGUGGUCGGAAUACUGAUUCAUUCAAGAAUGAACUUCAUCUUAUUGACGCCAUGGAACAAAGUCUAUUAAUGACAUCAUCAAAUAAUGAAACAGGUCGUUCCGACUAUUCAAGAUAUAAUAAAACCAAAAACUCACUUCAGUUUAUUUGGCCUCCUGUGAUAGAAUCAUUAUAACUUCAAACUAAAUAGACAGAUACUGUCAUUAUUGUGUCUCCUACAUGAAAUGGUUCAUAUCAGCUUGGUGAUAAAAUAUGUGAACUAUUUCGCUAUGUUUGUGAUGCUCUCUAAUGUCUUAUUGUUACUGUUUAUUGGGUCCAUAUCUGUGUUUGUCUAUGAAAUAAAAUUUAAUGCAUGCUAUAAAAUGGUUAACACUUGAUAUUUAUUUCAGUCAUAUUUUUUCAACUUUCUGGGAAAUUGGUCAGGUGUUUUGUCUGUGACUUGUAACCUUCGUCACUUCUUUAUUUCUUUUGUCAACCACUUUGUAAAUGUAACCUCAUGGAAUUAUUUCCACUAUCUUCGUGUUAUGUCUUUCUUAUAUCAUAUUUUGUGAUUGACUUCUGGUAAAUAAUCCUUAUUUGUUAUUGAUAUGUUAUUUUUUAUUUCUCACACUUUAACCCCCUUAGUUAUAACAUUGUGUUUGUCAUCUGUUAAUUGUAGGCGUUGAGUUAUUUAUUGGCAAAGAUAAAUUGUCAUACUGUGACAUUACUGAUGAUAAGCAUGUAACGGAAGGCCUUAUUGUUGUGCCAGAUUUUGUAUAUGUAUAUUUUUGCAUUUAUCUUAUAAUAUGAUGAGUCUUUUGUAAGGAUGUUUGAUGAUUUAUAUUACACUGUGAAAAUUAGUUGUGGAAGACAUUUGUGUGUAAUUAAAAAUGGUAUAACUCCGUGUGUGUGUUUGAUUUUGGCUGUGUUUUGGUUUUGAUCUACGCUUUUUUGUAAGUGUUUUAAUUUAAAAUAAAAACGCUUAUCUGCUAUAUCGCAGUGUUUUCAAUUCACUAUAAACUUGAGUUUAUUAUGAUAUGGUUUUAAUUCUUCAUCUGAAGUGUAUGGGUGGUUAUGAAUCAAGCUACAAGUAGUUUAACUUCAGUUGUUCAUCAGCAGCCAUUUGUGAUAAUACUUUCUUAAGUCACCAUUUUAUUGUUGAAUUUCGUGUAAUUGUGUCUCUGAUUUAUUAAGCGCACACUAUCAAAACUUCAGUUUCUAGAAGAAAAUUACGAAAGUGGAUAUGUAAUUACAUCGUCAUUUCAUGAUAAGAAAUUUCAUU